AGCCUACAUAGCUUCAAAGCAUUCAUAUUCUAAGCUCAAGUGGGGUUACAUUAGAAGAUUUAAUUGGAGUCACCAUGACUAGUAGUGGACGAGGAUUGUUCGAAAGAGCAAAGCCAUUCCUUGGUGUUGUGUUCUUGCAGUUUGGUUUUGCAGGAAUGGAUGUUCUGUCUAAGGCUGCAUUGAACCAAGGAAUGAGCAACUACGUGCUCGUUGUCUACCGCCACGCCGUCGCCACUAUCGUCAUUGCUCCUUUCGCAAUCUUUCUCGACAAAAAAGUGAGGCCAAAGAUGACACUUCCCAUCUUCAUCAAAUUAGUAGCUCUGAGUUUACUGGAGCCAGUUAUAGACCAGAACUUGUAUUUCAUGGGAAUGAAGUACACAACAGCAACCUUUGCAGCUGCCAUGACUAAUAUUCUUCCGGCCAUAACUUUUGUUUUGGCCUGCAUACUUGGGCUAGAGAAACUAAACAUUUGGUCGAUCCGAACUCAAGCAAAGGUGGUGGGAACCACAGCAACGGUUGCAGGGGCCAUGGUGAUGACUCUGAUGAAAGGUCCUAUCUUAGAACUUUUUUGGACUAAGGGAACGGCAAGUGGGCAUCACGGGCAAGGUGGCGGCACAAGCCUUGCGCAUUCUAUCAAGGGUUCGCUCAUGAUCACAGUUGGGUGCUUCAGCUGGGCUUGUUUCAUGGUUCUGCAGGCAAUCACUCUAAAGACCUACCCUGCUGAGCUCUCCCUCACAGCAUGGAUUUGCUUGUUAGGCACAUUGGAAGGAACUGCUGUGGCUUUGGUCAUGGAAAGGGGAAACCCUGCCGUUUGGGCUAUCCAAUGGGACACAAAAUUAAUGGCAGCUGUUUACACCGGUGUGGUGUGUUCUGGACUAGCUUAUUAUAUUCAAGGAGUUAUAAUGAAAGACAGAGGCCCUGUCUUUGUCACAGCUUUUAGUCCACUAUGCAUGGUUAUAGUUGCUAUCAUGGGCUCUUUCAUAUUGGCCGAGCAAAUCUUUCUCGGAAGGGUAAUUGGAGCUGCUAUCAUAAUUGUUGGCUUGUACCUUGUUGUGUGGGGCAAGAGCAAAGAUUACAAGUCCGAAUCACAAGAAACCAUCGAACAACAAAAACAAACAUCAUCAGACUCAGCUUGCAAUGGAAAAGACAUCAACACCCUUCAAAUCAUUACUAUUAGUAAACCUGAUGAAGGAUCAGAACAGGCUAUGGCCAAAUAGAGUAUUAGGCUUGUUCUUUGAAUAAUUUCAGAGAUUUUAAUCUACACUAAUUAAGUAGUAAAGUAUCAUAUAUCCAAACCAAAACAGAUUUAGUAACUCUCUAUCUGGAUUGGCAUCGUUUGUCACUAUAAGAAAAGAAUUUUCCAAGUACUCGUUUCAUUGUAGCAUGUUUUGUUUUUUUUUUCCUUGUACUUGGGCUUUAAUUAAACUAGAUUUUUUGUCUUUUUUUUUUA